CAUUUUUAUUACCCUUUUCCUUUUUUUUUUUAGAUAUCUAAACGAUCCACGUUGCUAAACUCAAUGUCAUGUGUCACACGGUGAGACCACAGCUGUUACAGUAGCUGAGACAAAAAAUAAUCUAAGGACGAAAAUAAACCUGUUUGUUCCCUUUUACCAGCUGACUGACUUCUGCUUUGGGUUCCGGUUGGUGCGCGGAGUAGGCGGGGGGACGCACGGAGCGAAGCUACGGGCUGAGUUAAAAAGUUUUGUCUGCCUCGCCUGGACGGGCAGUUUUAAUCUUCGCCUGCUUUUGAGGGAAGUCAUGAUACCAUCGAGCACAAAUCUGCUGCUCCCAGAAGCGCUAAGGGAAAGUCGCGUCUAGCAGCAGCGAGCCAUGGCCAACGGGAGCCAGACCGAGGUGUACUUGUCUGAGCAGGUGGUGGUGUUGUGUACCUGUGCGCUGUCCUUCCUGGGCUCCUCUCUGAUCAUCCUCACGCACAUGAUCUGGACGGACCUGAGGACCACCCCGAGGAGGCUGCUGGUUUUCCUCUCCGUCGCCGACUGGCUGUCGGCCGUCUCCUACGCCUUCGGAGUCGGCAGCGUUUUCCGCACCAGCUCGCCCGAAUGCAUCGCCCAGGGAGCCGUAUCCACUUUCGCCAACACCAGCAGUUUCUUCUGGACCGUGUCCAUCGCCGUGUACCUGUACGUGUUCAUCGUCAGGUCGAGCCAGAGGGUCGCUGACAGCCUGGUGCCGUUCUUCCACCUGGUCAGCUGGGGUGUUCCUCUGGUCAUCACUGUCACUGCUUUGUGUCUCAAGAAGAUCGGCUACAAUGCAUCAGAGGUGACCGUGGGCUGGUGUUGGGUCAGGAUCGACGCCCAGGACUGGGUCCUGUGGAUGCUGCUGACUGGAAAGAUCUGGGAGUUCCUGGCCUACCUUACUCUGCCUGUGCUCUACAUCUUGAUCAAGAGGCAUAUCCACAAAGCGCACGUGGCCCUGUCGGAGUACCGUCCCAUCCUGGCCAGCAGGCCUCCGUCGCAGUCGUUCUCCUCCAUGGCGGAUGUGAAGCUAAGUCUCAUCCCCAUUAUUUUCAUUGUCCUGCGCAUUUGGAGCACGGUGCGCUUCGUCCUGCUGCUGGCUGACUCUCCGGUCAGACAGCACCCGGUGUUGGUCACACUACACGGUAUCGGCAACACCUCGCAGGGAGCAGCCAACUGCAUCAUGUUUGUGUUGUUUACUCAGCCCAUCCGCUCUCGCCUCUGCACCUCGCUCUGUUGCUGCUGCUCUAAAUGCCGAGCGGAGGCGCCGCGCUCAGACGGUACCCCACAGCGGCAUCAGACGAGACGGGACUCAUCCACCCAGAGAGAGGAAGAAGAAGAAGAAUACGGCACCAGUUGUGCGCAGUCGAACAGAUGAUGCCUCGCUCUGCGAUGGGCUUGUGUGAAGCUGGACUGAGGAAGUGGUGGAGGUAUCCAUCGCGCUCAAAGCCUCGAUAAAUCAUGAGUGGAGAUGCUACGGGUGCAUCUUUGUUACAGACUGCGGUCAUUGGGUUGAUGUCAGGGGUUAGGGUUAGUCUCAAAGUACACUGAUACUUGAGCACUUGACGAUGCCUUAAAGUGGGGUUUCUAUUAUGGUUAUUCUAUUAUGUUCCUUGAUUCUCUUACGGCAAAUUAAGGACAGUGUACUGUAGCACCUCUAUUUAUCAUGUACUGUAACAAAGUUACCACUGUGAAGGAAAGGUUGAGCAAUCAAAUCUUGAUGUUUUGUUCAGCUGAUUGUGCUGAGAGAUGUUGUUUUUAAACUGAACAGGAAAGAAGAAAACCUGCCAAAAACAUCUUUACCCUGUUGAAGUUGCAUCUGAAACCAUUCAGGAAGAAGUUCUGUUUCUUUCUUCUUCUUCUUUUUUUUUUUUUAAACGGUCUUAUUCCAGUCCUGCUGCAGGACCUGUGGUACUGUAGGCUUGUGCUUAGUCUGUGUUUCAUUAGAUGUUUCUGCAACCGGAAAAAAACAUAUUGGGAUGUAAAAUGUGACUAAGAUCCGUGUCGUGGUUUGGUCUUUUUUUUGUUUAGCACGGAUUAACUGAAUAGAAAGCAAAUGUAUCACACGUUAGGGUGACUUGCUGUUAAUGUGAUGUCAGCAGAUAUUGCACCAUGUCUUAGUUUACCAACUCACCGUAAGCAUUUGGAAAGAGCACUUCAAAGAUUUUACAUGUGCUGUGCUUUCCGAUGUUAGUCUGGAUUUAAGCAGAACAUUUUACCAUCUGAUCCGUUUUGUCCGGUUGUUGCUCUGCACAAUGUGAUUUGCCUUAUUGAAAAAAAUAAACAAGACUUUCCUUAAAAAUGGAGGGUUAACUUGGCUUUCUAA